AAUCGUAUCCGAUCCGCUCGUCCUCCUGGCUUGAAGCCCUAAUUUUGGACUGGUACGUUUCCUCCGCGCUUUGAUUUCCUCGCUUCCCUUGAUGAUUCUUGUUUCAGUAGCAUGAUUGAACGUUAUUUUGUCCAAUGCCACCGUAGAGUUGAGACUGAUACCACGCACAACAUGACCACUCUGGGGCCUUCUAGGAGGAUUUCAAAAACGCGUUCCCAAGUCAACAAUCGUGUCAAAAUAGAUGUAGAUAUCCAUUCUCCUCCCCCUAGGAGCUACGAUUUGGAAAAGUCUUCUGGUUCCGUACUCCUUCAGGUAUCACAAAGGACAUCUGUUUCCAUGAAUUCACAGCGCAUUCACCCCACUGGACGGCAUCGUAGUUCCAAGAAUGGUCCAAAUAGUUCUGUCAUUGAUGUAGAGGAGAUUGAGGAUGAGGUCCAGCUGCUCUCAUCCUCCAUAGGGUUUCAACAGGCAAGAAGGAACCAUUCCAGGAGAAAUCGGCCUUUGACAAUAUUCCUAGAUGAAGAACUUGACACUCACACAAGAAGAUCAGUAGCUAGAGAAGGAAAUUCAGGAAGCAAAAUAGUCAUCAACUGUGAGCUUUAUCCAGAUUUACAGGAUAUUUCGAAGGGUAAGGAAGUCGUCAAAUCCAUACCAGAUCCACCAAAGCAACCAUCUUUCACUUGCCCUAUUUGCAUGAACACAAUGAUUGAGGCGUCGUCAACUAUUUGUGGCCAUAUUUUCUGUAAGAGCUGCAUUGUAGCCUCCAUUAAAGCACAGAAGAAAUGCCCUACUUGUCGAAGAAAGCUUAGUAUGAACAAUUUCCAUAGGGUGUAUCUUCCAAAUACUGACUGAUGUAGUUCAGGGUUUAGCUCAGAAGAAAUGCCCUACUUGUCGAAGAAAGCUCAGUAUGAACAAAUUUCCAUAUGGUUUAUCUUCCAAAUACCUACUGAUGUAGUUCAUUUUUAAGGGCUUCAACUCUCAUUGAUGAUCCUUUUUUAUUAUUAUUAUUAUUUAAAAACGCUCUAGGCAUUCUUAAUUUUUUUUUUUGAGUACUUUCUAUAUCAACUUGUAAGCAACUGCUCACUUGCCUGGCAUAAAAGUUUGCAAGUUGACAAUAGCAUUGAUUUAUCUAGUUACUAUGUUGUUUGUAAUGGUAUUUUGUUAUCCGACAGCAAUUUAUCUAGAUAUUUUGUUAUUUGUUUGA